AUGGUGCCCCGGGGCCUUGGAGUAAUGCUCAUCUGCCUUUUCCUGGGCCUGACAGGAGAAGAGAACCUUCAACGGCCUGUCCUCGCGCAGCCAGAGAGCCUGGUCGCCUCUGAAGGGGAAACGUCUGUCCUCAAGUGCGAGGUGGAGAACACGUCUGGCAUCGUGCAGUGGGCAAAGGACGGGCUUCUGCUAGGUCCCAGCCGCAGCAUUCCCGGGUUCUCCCGCUACAGCAUGGUGGGAGAGCCUAGCAAAGGUGAACAUAAUCUACAAAUAACAAGGAGCCGACUGGAAGACGAUGCCUUGUACGAGUGUCAGGUGGGACCCUCCGAGACAAGCGGUGCCAUCAUCUCACGCAGUGUGUUGCUCACCGUGCUUGUGCCCCCAAAGAUGCCGCUCCUCACAGAGUACCAGGCCAACAGCACAGUGACGUGGCUGGCUGGCGUGGAGUACACGGUGAACUGCCAGGUGAAGGAUGCUCGGCCUGCUGCAGAGAUUGCCUUCAGCAAGGGUGACGACAGUGUAUUAGGUGCUGAAUCGAGCACCCAGCCGGGAUCUGAAGACAAACUCUUCAACACAGAGGCUGUGCUGAGGAUCACCCCCCAGAGCUCAGACAAUAGGAAAUGGCUGAUGUGCCGAGCUUCUAACGCAGCCUCUUUAAUCCCAGCGGUUGCCGGUUUCGCCAUGAACGUCCUGUUUCCACCUGAUCCACCCGUCAUCUCAGGCUAUGAGAGCCCCGUUGUCAAAGCCAAGGACAAGUUAAAGCUGACCUGCAUUUCUCUGGGUGGGAAUCCUCUGGCAACCCUGCAGUGGCUGAAGAAUGGGGAAGUCAUUUCCACCAACUGGGAAACGGAUGGUACUAACCAAUUGUCCCGGAGUUUCCUGACUCUCAGCCUAACAGCAGAAGACAACAACGCUACAGUGACCUGCCAGGCCUUGAACCAAGUAUUAUCCCUCCCCCUGCAGGCCAGCUUCACCCUGCAUGUAGUCUUUUUUCCCGAAGAGGUGAAGAUCAUCGGUUCGAGCAGCACCCCAGAAAGAAAGGAGGUCUCCCUGAGCUGCUCCACCUCUUCCAGCAAUCCCCCUGUGCAGUUGCGCUGGUGGCUGGGCUGGAGGGAGCUCAAUGCCACCGAAGUCACCGUCUCAGAGGGAAAUCAUGGUGGGAAGAUCACAGUCUCCAACCUGACAUACAGGGCCCUCCGAGAGGACAAUGACCUGCAGCUGACCUGUGAAGCCUUCAAUGAAGCCAUCCUGUAUGCCAAGAAGGCUAGCGUGACCCUCAAAGUACUAUAUCCUCCUCAGAAGAUCUGGAUCGAUGUGCCUCCGCCAGAAACAUGCUUCCGAGUCGGCACCCAAGUCAAGCUAACUUGUUUUGCCAGUGGUGGGAAUCCUUUGCCCCGCCUCGACUGGUUCAAGGAUAACAAGAUGGUGAGGGAUGGGAUACUGGUGCCAACAGGGCCAUCGGGAAAUAUUGUUUCCAAGGAAUUGCUCCUGACCACUACGCCCAGCGACAACAUGGCUACCUACCGUUGCAACGCCUCCAGUCCCUCCAGAACCCAGCCUCCACUCACGGGCUUCACUCGCCUGCACGUCCAAUAUCCACCCCUGCAGGUAGCAAUUACGACGACAACCAAGGAAGUCAGACAUAACCAGACGCUGAAGCUUACCUGCCAGUCGGGCAGCAGCAACCCUCCUGCCACACUCACUUGGCUCAAAGACGGAAAGGAGUUGAAUGCAAUUGACCUUGGGCAGAAGAAGGCAGAGUACGGAGGCUUUUCCACUUCAAGCCAAGUGACGCUGGUGGCUUACUUGGCGGAUCACGGGCAGAGGGUGGAAUGCCAUGCAUACAGUUCGGUCCUCUCUGAAGAUGUAAACGCCUUUUACCAGCUCAAUAUCCUAUUUCCUCCAGAGUUCUCUGCUGAGCAGCCCCACGCCGUGCAAGUUGCAGAGUAUGAAGUUGUCCGGCUGCCUCUGCUGGUCUCUGCCAGCCCUCCUGAGAUCACCUACCGCUGGAGCUUCCUCGGAGAGGUAAUUCUGACAGAGGGUUCCCCACGGUACCACUUGCGAGACGGUGGAUCUCUGGAGAUCUCGAAUGUGAUACGUGCCGACACUGGCCAGUACUCGGUCCGCUGUGAGAACUCAGAAGGGUACAGCGAGACGACCAUUUUGCUGGAUGUCCAAUAUGCACCAUCCAUCCGCAACAUAGGAGAUCCAACCACGGUGGACCUGGGAGGCACAGCUGAGAUCAUGUGCCAAGCAGAGGCCAAUCCGGCACCUGUGGGCAUGUUCAAGUGGAGAUGGCUG